CUACAGUGUUAAUUUCCCUCUUUAUCUUUUUCUCACUUUAUUUUUAUUUUCAAAUAUGCAUUCUAAUUUGUCGCAAUUUCAAACACUUCAUUGCGACAUUAUCAAUUCAAUUGUGGCGUACCUUAUUGAUCUUAGUGAAGCUCGCGAUUUUGAUAAGAUCGAUGAAGUUGGCGACAGCCACGAGAUUAUAUUAUCGGCAGGGAUCAUGCAGUGCUGCCACGCCUGGCGCAUAGUAAUUUUGGAGCGCCUCUGCCAUGAAGUCACUUUGGAAUAUUUAUCCGACGGCAAACCGGGAGGCUGGCAUUUUAAAUUUUGGCCCUACCCAAUCUGCGCACCGAGCUUCCCGAUCAACCAUCUUGUGAAGAAGGUCGUCGUGGUUGUGUGCAAUUGGCCAUUCUUGAGCGACAGACAAAGCUUGCGUAUAAUUAAGCCGCGCCAACCAAACCUCGUUUUCCUGAAUGCGCAUACGCUGACUGUCGUACUGACUGAAUGCAGAAAUGACAAAUUCUCUGACACGUAUAUGAGCGAACGCAAGGCAAGCAAGUUUGCCAAGGAUAUUAGACAGAUAGUUCCAGAGAUAAGCAAAAUAGCAAUCAAGAGUCUCUAUCCGCAUUACAGGGCCAAUCAACAGCAGUCUGGUGACCAUCUCUUGGGUAGAUUCUGCUUUGAUUUGUGUCAAGGAGUGAGUCAAGUAUCUGUUUACUCGCCCUUUCUAAAAUGGUCAAUCAAUUUAAGACCAGAGUGGUGGGUUGCUCUGGGUUGCUACAACCAUAUAGCAGUAAUCAAUCAUUGCGCCGUCUUUGAACUUAUUCGCCAGAACGCAGGCACAUUACAGUCACUGGAGCUGCAUUUGCGGAACCUCCAAGAGCGCAGAGAUCUUUUGUUUGAUUGCACUGGUCGCGCGAUGGUGUAUCCUGCGCUUGAGAAGCUUGUUAUUUCGGAUUUUAUUGGCCCUGCCGAUUCUCACCCGGCCGAUCUCGAUCGAGUGGUUCCGUUCCCGAAUCUCAAAAUCAUCAAAACAUUUUCCUUGACUCACAACGACAGCUACAUGUUUAGAGGCAACCACGAUACGCUCGAGUCCCUGUCUAUGUCACUUAACACAGGUUCGCUAAGGGUGUAUGAUCAAUGGGGCACGUUUGCUGCAGUUAAGUAUCCGCGACUCCGACAUUUUUCAUUAACUGUUCCUAUCAUUGAGGGUCAUAAUGCUGAAUCGCAAGCCGUCGCAUCGCGUUUUGCGAUUAACAUCCUUAAAGCCGCACAAUCGUCUGUGCGCACAUUGGUGCUUUUGCGUAAAGGAUUUGACAAGCAUCUACUGUGUGCGGAUAUCCAGUCGGCAGCAUGGACUAGCGGCAUCCAGUCACUCAUCUUACCACACACGGGGUUUUCUUUUACGGACAUACUGCACCUGCUUAAACACCUUCCCGCGCUGCAGGCACUUCAUAGCCAAAUUGAAUUGUCGACACAUACCAGCAACAACGACAACAGCGAUAAUCAAGCAGGCGAUUAUUUCAACAGCCCAGUUGAUGUCAUUUACAAUACACAUUAUCCGCUGGGGAAUUGCUUUAGCAGCUGGAAUAUUUUGGGUGAGGGCGAUGAGUACAACCUCAAUGUUGAGCGGUUUGUUGCACUAGUGGCUAUACUUUGCCCCAACUUUACGCACUCAUUUGCAUACAGUCGAAUUGUUAGUAAUUUUCGGGUCGUUUCAAGAUGCCCGGUUGUGCCCGAAGGCUUUGAGCUGCACAAAGAGAGACUUAAACAGGUCAAGUUCCUUGAUAUCAAUAUCAAAAAAUAUUUAUAUUUUAAAUAAAUAAAAAUG